AUGAGCGCCCCGUCAUAUCCUGAGGACCCUGUUUCACAGCGGCCAGCCCUCCAAAACGCGGACUUCCGGCUUAUAGUUCGUCAGAAUCCAGAGCGGGCGCGUGUAGCGGGGGGCAAAGAAAAAGAACGCAAACCGGUAGAUCCUCCACCUAUCAUCCAACUGAAAAUUGAUGAAUCGAAAGACCCAGGGCAGAAUUAUCUGCAAAGCCCAUUUUAUUUCCUGUGCUGCACUCUGUAUAGUGCAGUAGAGGAUACACCAGCAACCGCAGUUCAAUCAACAGCUCUUGCAGGAACACUGGUUUCAUCCCUUCAUCGGCUUAAGGACACUGACAAUCUGGAAGGCGGCUUCUUCGUUUUUGGCGACCUUUCCAUCAAGAUUGAAGGGGAGUUCAGAUUGAAGUUCAAUCUGUAUGAGAUGCGCGAAGUAAAGAGAUGUGGCGGCUCUAGAGAUGAAGUUGUGUUCAUAAAAUCAAUACUUUCAAAGCCAUUCACUGUCUCCCCUCCAAAGAACUUCCCCGGGAUGGCGGAGUCGACGUGGCUUUCAAGAUCAUUUGCGGACCAGGGUGUUAAGUUGAGAAUUCGGAAGGAGGCUCGUACGCUACUCAAACGAACGUUACCUCGCACAGAACCAGAUUACUCUUCUCAACUACCACCUCGUUCUCCAGAGCGUUCUACUGCGUCGAAUCAGCAAAUGGGAGCGACAUAUCAAAAUCGAGAUUACGCUUACUACAACGGACCUGAAGCCAAGCGUUCACGAAGUUCUAUCGAUGUGAGCGGUCGAGGUUUGUACGAUGGUGAUGCUCGAUACAGUCGACAAAUGGAUCCAUACCAACCGCAUGCGGCCAAUCCGUACCAAAGCCAAGCGUAUCAGCAAGGCAUCAUCCAAGGGUACACUACUGCUGGUACUGGGGUAUCCGAAUAUUCCAUUCGACAGGCGCAGCAAGGAUCUACACCCACUCCCUUUGGGGCUGGUGAUGACUCUAUGGGGUCGAUACGGUCACCUGGAAGUGCGUAUAUGGGCCAGCAACGGUAUCCGUCAUAUUCGGGUGCUCAAGUGCCAUACAACCUGGCUUCCUCGUCACAGAUGUCUCAGAUGGGCGAAUCUACUACAGGCCGGGCUGGUUCGGCAGCGAAUAUAGGGGGGAUCGUUCCUGGUCAGUCUUUUAGUCAACCUUCAGGACACAUGCAGAGUCCUUCUCAAGUGAGACAAGCUGGUUCUGCCUAUCCACAGGGGCACUCACCUGAAUCUUCUACUACAGGUUCCACAGGCAUGGGGAUGAUGCCUCAGGCGUACCAGCGAUCACAGUACCAGCAGGGAGGCACUACCAUUCUCCCGCCUCUGCAAUCUAAUCGCCAGGCAUUGCCGUCAAAUGGCAACGGCAGUUCGCGGGGUUACUAUGAUCAAUCCAUACAAGGAACUCCUCCUAUUCUUCCUUCUCAGCCGGGACCCCCGGCUAAUGGUGAGAGAUAUGGGAACGAAAGCCAGGCCGGCUUCGAGACACCUGGGACACCCGCCAAUUCGACACCGCAAUAA